AUGCCAAAGGCCGAUUUUAGCAAUUGGACGUGUGUCGACGACCUAUCAAGGAUCUUGAUGACCUUUUAUCUGUCAAGAUCUGAGCUUGAACGAGGUUCUUUCAUAAAUACGUAUUUUUCAGAUCACUGUUUGCAUAUGAUAUCUCCUCUUUGUCCGGUCUGGGCGCCUUUUCUUGGCGCCUUGGGUCUUGCCAUCGCUUUGACCUUCUGCGUGCUUGGUGCUGCAUAUGGAACUGCAAAAGCUGGCCAAAGUUUGAUCCUUGCCAGCUUGACAAAACCCAAUUUUAGCAUGAAAAGUCUUAUUCCUAUCAUCAUGGUUGGUGUAGUUGCGCUUUACGGUCUUGCCGUUUCCGUGCUGAUGUUGCAGGGCAUCAAGCAAGACAGCUACUCGCUAUUUUCGGGCUGCUUGCAUCUUUCAGCAGGAAUCUGCACAGGGCUAAGUGGCAUUGCGUGUGGCUUUGCCAUUGGCAUUGUGGCCGACUCGGGCACGCGUGCAUCCAUGCAACAACCAAAACUUUUUGUACCCGUUCUACUUAUAUUGAUUUUUGCCGAAGUUCUGGGUCUAUAUGGCCCCAUUGUAGGAAUGUUGCUCAUCUUUAAGGCAAGCAACUCUGUUUGUUAG